AACAGGACGGGCAUUUGGUGAGGCCUGUGACCAAAAUUCACGUUUUGAAACACAAUUACGCCAUGAGAGACACACCUCACAAGACAAAAUGUACCCGCAUUCUUAUCAAGCAUCAAUAUCCGUGGACACGCGCCCGAGGCUGAUGAUACCUUCCAGGCCCCCUGUUAAACGCGUAUCUUUCCCGCGAAGCCGGACAGCCGAACCAUGUCAACAGGAUAUGUCGCUAUUGCUUGACUUCAUUGGUGAACAACGUUAUCUUGAUACUCAUUAUAUAUCCAAGUGAAGUUCCACGAAGACUGUCAACUUGGCUCCGUUACAUUUGGUUUGCGCGCCCCCACUGUCUAGUUCAGUAACAACCCAACUAGCACUCUUAUAUUGUCUCAAUCCAGCGACACCCCUCAACGAUAUGAGUAGCCACGACGACCCAGAGUUGCAGUCGCUGAUCCCAUUUACGCCGCAACACUUGUCGUCUACUGAAAGCUCAGAUACCAAGCAGCUCGUAACCGGAACUGAUGAGCCGAAUGAAGCAGAUUUUGUGACUGGGCCGACGUAUCCAUCACGCUCAAUUGAAGACGAUGUGCUUCCAGAGACAUCGACACUCGGCCGCACGUUGACGUGGCAAAGCGCCUACAUUCUUGUCAUCUCAAGAGUGAUAGGCAGCGGUAUCUUUGCUACUCCGGGCGCAAUCCUGCGCUCGGUUGGGAGCCCCGGUCUGUCACUCUCGCUUUGGAUUGUUGGCGCAAUAAUUGCUGCAUGCGGAUUGAUGAUCUCCUUAGAGUUUGGCUCGAUGCUGCCACGGUCUGGGGGAGACAAAGUAUACCUAGAAUUCACAUAUCGUCGACCUCGAUUCCUAGCAUCGACGCUUAUCGCCAUCCAAGCCGUUCUUCUGGGAUUUACAGCGAGCAAUUGCAUAGUUUUUAGCGAAUAUCUGUUAUUUGCACUGGGCGGCGACAACCCCAGUGAUCUCCUUCGAAAAGGUAUUGCAGUUGGACUCCUCACAUUCGUUACCCUAAUCCAUGGUUGUUUCCCACGCUUCGGUAUCAGGCUGCAAAACUUUCUAGGUUGGAUCAAGGUUGCCUUGAUUGUCUUCAUGAUAUUCUCAGGUCUCUACGUUGUCUUGUUCCGACCAACGGAAGAAUCUGCCCAGAAAACUACUGGAGUGCUCGGAUGGAGAGACCUGUGGGAAAACACCAGUUGGAAUUGGGGUGUAAUUGCUACAUCCCUUUUCAAAGUCUUCUAUUCAUACGCAGGGCUUGACAACGCCAACUACGUCCUAAAUGAGGUCAAAGACCCAGUUCGGACCUUGCGAUCUGUGACGAUGUCGGCAUUGAUCACCGCGUGCGGACUUUACGCACUUAUCAAUAUAGCAUACUUUCUUGUCAUUCCCAUCGAUGAGAUAAAGCAGAGCGGCGAGCUGAUAGCGGCCCUUUUCUUUGAACGAAUCUUUGGUGAGAGAGUUGGCAAAACUAUUCUUCCUCUGGCAGUUGCUCUGAGUGCAGGAGCUAAUGUUCUCGUCGUUGCCUUUUCUGCGGCGCGUACAAAACAAGAGAUUGCCCGACAAGGCUUUCUCCCGUUUUCGGACAUUCUGUCAUCCACAAAACCCUUCAACUCCCCUCUAGGCGGGCUCUUUGUUCACUACAUUCCAUCAUUUCUAGUCAUUGCGUUGCCGCCAUCCAGGGACGUUUAUUCGUUUAUCCUAGAGGUUGAGGGCUAUCCAGGGCAAAUUCUAGCGUUGGCAGUUGGAGUAGGGCUUUUGUGGCUACGUGUCAGACGUCCCGAUAUUAAACGUCCAUUCAAGGCAUUUAUUCCGGCUGUGAUCUUACGAAUCGGCCUAAGCAUAGCCCUACUUGCAGCGCCUUUUUUCCCGCCAGAUAUAAAGCCGCCAAACGGAUUGUUUUACGCCACGUAUGCAAUUAUUGGUGUGAGCAUGUAAGUGAGACUUCCGACCAGACCGUAGAUCUUUGUGGACUGAUGCUGCAGUCCACCAGCCUGACAGCUGGAGUGAUAUAUUGGUACGUCUGGACAGUCAUUCUGCCACGUUGGGGAGGUUAUAAGAUUGAGGAAAAGGAAGAGAUCCUGAGUGAUGGAACAACCAUUACAAGACUUGUCCAUACAAACAUUUAGAAGCCGAUCGAGUACCACACAUUUGUAACAUGCAGCUUUUCGGUUCUCUUCCAGUGGCAUCCUCUUUUUAUUUAUAGCGUAAAUCUCUAAAAUUCAGGCCC